CAAAAGAUAUAGCCGCCACGCAAUAUAACCGCAUAUAAUUCCCGGGAGUAUGACCAGAACUUCUCCUCCCUUAAAGACCGUCCUCAUCACCCUCCUCCAAAAACAUUUAAAAAUACAAUCUUUCGCCCAAAUCCACUCUCUUCUCCUCACUUCCGGCUUUACCCAAGAUUUAUCUGUCCUCCUCAAGCUCGCAGAUUUCCUCGCUUCCUUUCAAUGUCCCUUCUUAGCCUAUUUGACUCUAAAGCAAACCAAAAGCCUCUCAAAUCCCUUUCUUUUCAACUCCCUAAUCGCAUCCUUUACUCAAAACGGUUCUCCCCAGUCCGCAUUUGCAGUCUACAAGCAUUUGGUAUGUGACGGCAUUUCCCCAGAUAAGUACACCUUCCCUCUUGUUCUCAAAUCGUGCGCAAAGUUCUCAGGCAUUAAUGAAGCUAGACAGAUACAUGCGGUUUCCACCAAGCUAGGCUUUUUAAAUGAUAUCUAUGUUCAGAAUGCUUUGCUGCAUGUUUAUGGUUUCUGUGGUUGGUACCUAGAUGCAAGAAUCUUGUUUGAGGAAAUGCUUGUUAAAGACGUUGUGUCUUGGACUGGCUUGAUUUCUGCCUUUGUUAAGGGUGGGCGUUUUGGUAAUGCUCUGAGUUUAUUUGCCGAAAUGGAUGUGGAACCAAACAUUGCAACUCUUGUUAGUGUGCUUGUUGCAUGCGGAAGGACUGGGGAGCUGUGUUUGGGAAGAUCAAUCCAUGGAUUGUUGCUUAAAAAUGCAGCCAUUUUGGGGCUUAUUGUUGGGAAUGCACUUUUGGAUAUGUAUGUCAAGUGUGAGAGUGUUGAGGAAUCACGAAUGUUGUUUGAAGGUCUCCAUGUAAAAGAUAUUGUUUCUUGGACAAGUGUAAUAAGUGGGCUGGUACAAUGCAAGCAGCCAAAGGAAGCUUUAGAUUUUUUUCAUGCCAUGCAAGCCUCUGGAAUGGAACCCGACAAGGUGGUUUUGUCCAGUGUGCUUUCUGCAUGUGCAAGCUUGGGAGCUUUGGAUUGUGGGAGAUGGAUUCAUCGGUAUAUCGAACGGAAGGAUAUUGAGCAGGAUUUGCACAUAGGAACUGCCAUGGUUGACAUGUAUGCUAAAUGUGGAUGCCUAGAUAUGGCAUCGGAUAUGUUCCAUGGCAUGCCGCAUAAAAAUGUCCUCUCUUGGAAUGCAUUGCUGAGUGGUCUAGCGAUGCAUGGGCAUGGAAAGCUUGCACUGAGUUACUUUGAUUGCAUGGUUAGAACUGGUCUCAAGCCUAAUGAUGUGACUUUCAUAGCAAUACUUAGUGCCUGUUCUCAUUCAGGAUUAGUGGAGGAUGGCCGACGCCAUUUCGCCUCAAUGAUAGAGUUCUAUGAUGUUACACCAAACAUAGAGCACUAUGGAUGCAUGGUUGAUAUGCUUGGAAGGGCUGGGAUGGUUGAAGAAGCUUACGAACUUGUUAAAACUAUGCCAAUGAAAGCUGAUGUACGUAUAUGGGGAGCCAUGCUAAGUGCUUGCAAAGCUAGUGGUAAUGUUCAACUAUCACAACAUAUUCUUGAUCAUCUUGAGCUAGAGGCUUCCGAUAGUGGUGUUUUUGUAUUGCUAUCCAACAUAUAUGCUACAAAUGAGAAGUGGGAGAACAUCAAUACAUUAAGGAGGCUUAUGAGGAAGAGUGGUAUUAAAAAGGAACCUGGUUCAAGCAUUAUUGAAUUGAAUGGUAAAGCUCAUGAAUUCCUGGUUGGAGAAAUGGAAUACACUCAACAGGAGGAGAUUUUGAUGAUUUUGUACAUACUGGAGAAACAAAUGCAAAUUGAUGGAUAAUAAAGCACGUUAUAUUUUUGACAUUUUCCCCAUCUGUUGGGUCAUCAUUCAUUUAUGUAGGAGUCUCAAAAAUUAUAUAGAAGAUUAGUUCUACUUGUAAACGUAGCUUUCGAAAUGUCUAAGACUUUCCAUUUUGUA